CCCCCGCGCGCCGGGCACUUCAAGGGCCCUUCUCGUGCCGCCGUAGAGGCGCCCCAUCCCGUCCCGCCCCGUCCGCGUGCCUGCCCGGGGUCUCGCGCAGCGCGGGGGGCUGGGGGGCGAGGAGCAGGGCCUGCUGGGGGCGGGCAGGCGCGCGCUGGAUUCUAUGGAUCGCGGACGUUGCGGGCAAAUAAACAAGGCGGGUGGGCGAUCGCAGAUGGAUCCCGGCAGCGGGAGCCGCCACGCCGGGCUCGCCGCGGUGCCGGUGGCCGCCGUGCUGCCGGCGGGCGGGAGUGGGGAGCGCCUGGGCGGUGCCACCCCCAAGCAGUUCUGCGCCCUGCAAGGGAGGCCGCUCGUCAGCUACGCGGUGCGGGCCAUGGAGAGGAUAAAUUGGAUAUCUGAUAUUAUUGUGGUGGUAUCUCCUGAAAAUAUUGAAACAAUGAAGUCUAUAGUUGAAAAAUAUGGCCACAAAAGAGUUACGAUAGUAAAAGGUGGAAUAACUCGUCACCGGUCAAUUUUCAAUGGACUGAAAGUAUUUGCAGAGAAUGAAUUUUCCAACCAGCUGCUCCAGAAACCAGAAGUAGUGAUUAUCCAUGAUGCUGUGAGGCCAUUUGUUGAAGAAGACAUUCUUUCAAAAGUGGUUAUGGCUGCUAAAGAACAUGGGGCAGCAGGAGCAAUUCGUCCUCUGGUUUCUACUGUUAUUGCCUCUGCUCCAGAUGGCUUUUUAGACCACUCAUUGGAACGUGCCAGGUACAGAGCAAGUGAAAUGCCUCAGGCUUUCUUAUUUGAUGUAAUCUAUCAAGCAUACCAACAGUGUACAGACUACGACCUAGAUUAUGGAACUGAAUGUUUACAUCUGGCUCUGAAAUACUGUAAAACAAAUGCCAAACUUGUUGAAGGAACAGCUGACCUCUGGAAGGUGACCUACAAAUGGGAUCUGUAUGCAGCUGAGUCGAUUAUUAAGGACAGCCUAUCACAACAAGUUUGUGUUAUUACUGAUGUGAAGGAACCUGUUGCAAAAGUAGGUUUUCUCAUUCAUGAAUCUCUGAGAAGCCAAACAGAAGUUCAAGCUAUAUCAAUGUCUCUAAGCAAAAAUGAUAGCCACCUACAAAACAACUUUUCAGGAGAGUGCUACAGUUUUGUUUGCAUAAAUGAUAAAAAGUAUGACAUUGGAGAAACCCGGCAACUAGUGGAUAUGUUGGAAAAAUCAAACAUUCCUCUCUUAUGUCCAGUUGUCGUUAUUUCGGUGCACUUGGAUAUUUCAGAAAAUGUUUCAUUCAGCAUUGGGAUGGAAGAACUAAGUAAGAUCAAGAAAUUUGCGAGGGACGUGAAAAAGAAAAAUAUUCUGGUUUAUGGUCUCCUUAUCCAAGACAGGGACCAUUUACUGCUUCAGGAGACAGUAAAUUCUGCUGUUGCUCUUAUCAUGGCAUUAAUAAAGGACAGAAACCCGGAGAUGAUCGGCCAGCUGUUGGUGGCAUAAGAGUAUAAAUGUUGUGUAGCUUUUGGAAAUGUUUCAUUUUCAUCAUACAUUCACAAAGGGUCUUGAGUAAUUUUACCCUUUGGUGAAAACUCUGGAUUUAUGAUAUUUACUAUUAAGAUCUUUUUAACAACAUAUUUUUUAUACUUAAAAAAUGCAAGUGUGAUAUUAUAUAUAAGGUAUAAAAUGAAAUACAAAUUGUUCUGAGAUACACUGGGUACAUACUGUGAGGAAUGAUACGGAAAUGUAAUUUUGUGAGGCAGUGAUUGUUCAAAAAGGUACCUAGAGCACACCAAAGCAUUCAUGCAGAAUUAUCUUUAACACAUGUACGCAUGUUGUACUCUGGGAUCGCAUGAAUUAAAUUUUAUUUAAGAUAAAAUAAUCCUAAAGCACAGCUCAUCUUCUUGAUAUGAAAUUAUUUAAAAGUUGCUGCUGUACCUAUUAGUGAAUGUAGAGUUUAUUAGACAGUGUAGCCUUUCUGACAUCAACAGAAAUCCAUGUUGCAAGAAGUGUUUGACGGGUCAGGUCCCUGUCCUCCAUGGAAUGAAAGGAACCUUGAAUCAAAGGUAAGGUGUGCGUAGGGACAAGUUGCUAAACCCCAGUUUUCCACUAGUGCACUCCAUAGUGCUACGCUUCUUCCAGUACCUAUGUGCCAUUAUUCUGAAUCAGCUCCAGUAGCUCCGCUGAAUACUUGUAUUACACAUACUCUUUGUGUUUGCGUGUGUGUGUACAUAUAUGCAUGGAUGUGUGUAUGCAUGCUGAAAGGAAGGGAAAAGGAUUGACAUGGAAAAAAAUAUUUUGCAACCCAAUGUGUAGGUAAUGGAGAAAUAGGAAGAUUCUCUUAGCUCAUUUACAAGAAUACAUUUUUCAUUUCUUGCUGGUUAGCAUAUGUAUGCAUUAAAUAGUAGUGAAAAGAAAUAAAUGUUAUGAGUUCAACUAUGUGCUACAUUGAUAUUCAAGUGUGGAAGGUUGGGACAGGAAGGUGAAGUGGUGAAUGGUUAUUAUGUGGAGUGACUCCAGAUAUCUGAAACACUAAAAGCAAUACAAGAAGAGGACAGUCCUUGAAAACACCUGUCCCUCCCCUACACAGCAGACUCAGGAAUUCCAGCUUUCCUGCAACUUCUAAAGGGGCUACAUAAUGUCUUAUGUACUUGUUAUGACUGGAACAGGGUCUUAGGGAAACAGCCCCACCGAAGUGUCCGAUGAGCUCACCAUUCAGUCUGACCUAAUCAAGAGCGCUGUCGGCUCAGCAAGUUUCUCUCUGAAAGUUUUCUCCCUCAUUCCCCUCCUUACUCCCACCACGUUCCACUCUCUCUGUUGCUCAGACAAAACUUAGGAUAGCAUGAUCCAGGCUUGGUCCCCUUCACCUUCCUCUUCCCCUGUACCUGACUAUCUAUAUCCCUGUUUUAAAUCCUUUUAGAAGCUGAUGUUGAUCCCAAGCUUCCUUCAUCGCAUGAUAAAAUGAAGAGUUGUCAGCUGACUGUUCUGUAUCCAAAGCAUGCAUUUUUUCCACACAGAAGUCAUCCUAAGGCAACUAACAAAGUUUUCCCACAUUAUUUGAUUUCUUCUUCCCAUCUUUCUCCUCUCUACUUAGAUUAAUAAUUUGUCCUUUUCUGACAUUGUACAACAUAAGAAUUCAUAUUAGUGCUGUGUGUGGUUAUACAAUAGGCAUAUUUUAUUCAUACACAUAUAUUCAUGUCUGUUCAUUUGCAAAGUAUGCAAAUAAAUGACAAACUAAAGAAUUUAUUAUUGGUAUUCAUAAUUUAACAGGUCAUUUUUCACAAGUUUUCUGAAUUCACUUUUACAUUAAUGAAUUUGAUGAAGGAAUUAAUCUCGCAGACUUGUAAAAGACGUGAUGAAAGAUGUCUGUUUGACUAUGUUUUGUGAUUCUUCUUCACUUGAAGACUGAAAUACAAUCUGUACAUACAACGCGCCUAAUAAUAAGCAAGUGAAGGCAGAAAAUCCUUUAUGUUUUCAAUCCGCUGUAAUUUACACAUUGUGCUACUGCCUUAGCAUUAGAUUGUGCAUAACUUAUCAUUUGUGUUAACAGAACCUUUUACUGUGUAGGGUUGUUUUACUUACCUCAUUCUCUUAAAAGAAUUUCAAUCCAAUUAAAAAUGCUACUGGAAUGAACAGCUGUAAUGAAAAAUUAUUUUAUGGUUGUUUAUGGACUUAUUUUGAAAAGAGGGCAGACAACACACACCAAAAAGUAAGUUUCAAGUCAUCAAACAUACUUAGUACUAAUCUUAAAUCAUAGAAGCAUAGAGUCAUUAAUGUUGGAAAAGACCUCUUAAGACCAUAAAAUCCAACUGUCAGCCCAACACCACCAUGCCUACUAGACCAUGUCCUGAAGCGCCAUGUCGACAUGUUUUUUGAACACCUCCAGGGAUGGUGACUCCACCACUUCCCUGAGCAGUCUGUUCUAAUGCUUCACCACUCAUUCAGUAAAGAAAUCUUUCCUAAUAUCCAACCUAAACCUCGCCUGGUACAUGAGUCUAUUUCCUCUUGUCUUAUCACUAGUCACUUGGGACAGGAGACCAGCACCCUCCUCGCUACAACCUCCUUUCAGGUAGUUGUAGAGAGCUUUAAGGUCUCCUCCAGACUAAUAAGCCCCAGUUUCCUCAGCUAGUCCUCUUAAGACUUUUGUUCCAUACCCAUCACCAGCUUUGUUGCCCUUCUCUGGACACGCCUCAGCACCUCACUGUCCUUCUAUUAGUGAGAGGCUCAAAACUGAAACAGUAUUUGAGGUGUGGCCUCACCAGCACCAAGUACAGGUGGACGAUCACUUCCCUAGUCCUGCUGGCCACACCAUUUCUGAUAGAAUCAGGAUGCUGUUGGCUACCUUGGCCUCCUGUGCAUGCUCUGGCUUAUGUUCGGAUGACUGUUGACCAGCAGCAAUUCUUGAUCGUUUAAUUCAGGUCUUCUUCUGCUGAAAGAUAAUAAGCUUUAUUAACGUGCUGUUAGUCAUGGCAUUAUGGAUUGUUUUAUCUUUAACAAUAUUUUUAAAUAAACUAAAACCACUGAAAAAUCUAAUUUGUUGUGAGCAAUUAUACCACCAACAGAAUUACUAAAACAGAUCGUGAAAUAUUAGAAAUGCAGUUAAAAAAAAAAAAACAACUGGACUGUGAUUAAUGCUAUUGUGUAUCCAAACCAAAUU